AUGGAGCAGCAGGCCACUUGGAAGCAGGAGGCAGGCGGAACCGGUUUCGUGCUCUUUUCCCACCAACGUGCAAUUAUCUGCUUUUUGCAGCGCUUAGCUUUGGAGCCGCCCGUGGGGCACUCACGCAAUACGGUGGGCGUGGCACGGCACGUUAAGCUAAAUAGGCCAAAAAUCAUCAGUAAAGAUGGAAAUCUAAUUUUCGAAUCCGCGGCCGAUCGGAAUAUCAGUAUCCGACUAAGAGGAAGUUCGGGACUCACUAUCAACGACCAGAUUGAUGUGCUGACGCUUUUAUUAGCCAUUGAAGGCUCCCAAAAUUAUGAUUUUAACUCACCCGGGAAUUUCGAGGAUGUGCAAGAAAUGGCAGAUCAGUUGGAUGAUUUUAAAAGUCGUGCUUUCGGUCCAAACGGAUUACAAAUUCAGCUGCAACAGCUGCAGAUGAGAUCGUUAAAUAUAACGAUGGGUCAGUUCCGCUUGCAUUUCGAAAUCAGGGUCCUGGAGAACAGCAUGGUCGGGCUGCAGACGCGUGUGGAGGCAAACCAAUGUGCAAGUGGACCCUGUCAGAAUGGCGGCACGUGCACGAACACCUAUACUGGCUUUCACUGCGAAUGCCGUUCGGCCUUUGAGGGCAUCACGUGCAAGGUGGAUGUUAACGAGUGCGCCCUGUACCAGGGCACCGAUCUGGGUUGCCAGAAUGGAGCCCAGUGCAUCAACCAGUUUGGCUCCUUCAGCUGCCUGUGCCCAGCGGGCUGGCAUGGGAUGCAGUGCACCCAGCGAAAGGCGGACUGCUCACAGUCAAGUGCCUGGGAACUCUGUGGUCAUGGAUCCUGCGUCCAGAGCUCAGAUGACGCUGGUUAUCGGUGCCUCUGUGAUCCAGGUUGGAAGACCAAUGGUGUGACCCCCGUUUGCACUGUGGAUGUGGACGAGUGCAGCGGGUCAGCGGCCCACACGCCCUGCUCCACCAAGUGCAUCAAUCUUCCUGGCAGUUUCACCUGCGCCCCCUGUCCAGCCGGCUUGAGCGGGAAUGGAAUCAGCUGCCGGGAUGUGGACGAGUGCCAGACGAACAACGGUGGCUGCAGUCUGAAUCCGAAGGUGAACUGCAUAAACACCUACGGUUCGCAUCAGUGCGACGAGUGCCCUUUGGGGUGGACCGGCGACGGAAAGAAGUGCGAGCGGAAUCCUUCGGACAGCAGUGUACCGGGAGGAGCCCCCGGCAGCAGUUGCCCGAGGAGGGACAAUCCCUGCCAUCCGGCAGCUACGUGCCACCUGUUUUCCGGUACAGCAUCGUGCAGCUGUCCCAUGGGCCUGAUUGGAUCAGGAUUUGGACCGAGUGGCUGCAUCAACGGAACAACCUCUAAUUGCUUAGGUCGUACCUGCCUGAACGGUGGCCUUUGUCUGGACGCCGGACCCUUAAACUUCACCUGCCUGUGCCGCCAAGGGUUUCGUCCGCCGAUCUGCGAGCCGGAUACCAGUCCAUGCGAUCUAAAUCCGUGCCAGAAUGGAGGAAGCUGCAGUGUCGUGGGCGCCGAUAGCUUCGUGUGCCAAUGUCAGCCGGGUUACAUUGGUCACAUUUGCUCCGUGCAGUUCAGUAGUUGCAAUGGCAGGCUGAAAUCCCUUAGUGGCAGUUUGAUAUAUCCGCCGGAGGGUCAUCAGCUCGAGCACAAUUCGCAGUGCGUUUGGGUCAUCGGCACCAAUGAAUCGCUGGUGCUGAAUGUGACCUUCAACAGCUUCGACCUGGAGGACUCCACGGAAUGCCGCUUCGAUUGGCUGCAGAUCAACGAUGGCGGAUCGGCGGCUGACCAAGUACUCGGCCGAUUUUGUGGAAACCAACUGCCACGCGGUGGGAAUUUGGUGUCCUCCGGGAAUGAGUUGUUCCUUCGGUUCCGUUCCAACAACGCGACGGCCAAGAAGGGCUUUAAUCUCACGUGGAACUCGAUUCGUCCGCAGUGUGGCGGCAGGUUUGAUUUCGAUAGCCAGGGUACGCUCAGCUCUCCUGGAUCGCCGGGCAAUUACCCAAUGAACAUGGACUGCCAGUGGCAUUUGGUGGCACCCAUUAGCAAGCGCAUCAAGUUGACCUUCUUCCGUCUGCAGCUGGAGCAUCACGCCAAUUGCGACUUUGAUUAUGUGCAGAUCAAGGAUACCAUUUCUGGACGCGUGGUUGCCAAGUUCUGCAGCAGCGCGGAACCGACGCCGCUGCUUUUACUCACCCACCAGGCGGAUAUAAAUUUCCACUCCGAUGCGGAAGGCAGCGAUGCGGGCUUCCAGCUGCACUACUCCGUGGAGGAGUCUCUGCCCGGGUGUGGUCGCAUUUAUACGGACAAGGAGGGCACCAUCUCCAAAUCUCCCUCAGACGGGCCAGAAGAAGAAUUCGUUUCCUGUGAGUACGAGAUCCGUUUAUUUGCCGGCGAACAGAUAGCGCUUCAGUUUGUUCGCCUGGAGCUGGACGACGCCGACUGCUUAGAGCUUUUGGAUGUCACAAAUGAGGGCGUUAUUCACCUGCUGGAAAAGAUCUGUGGAUCAGAUAGGGCGAGCUCUAAUCCCCCUGAUUUCACCUCGCAGUCAAAUCGUCUGAAGAUCAAGUUUUAUGCCCGCUCAGGCAGCUUCGAACUCAACUAUCGGACUUCCUGCGACUUCACACUAGACGCUGCCGAGGGCAUCCUGACCUCACCCGGUUAUCCGAAUUUGGACAAUAGAGAUCAGGUGUGCACCUAUACGAUUAAAGCGGCCCCGAACACGGUUAUCACCGUGAAGCGGAUCGACUUCCAGCUGAAGAGCGUCGAGGACGACGACGAUAAUGUGAACUGCUUGACCACUAACUUGAAGGUAACCGACGCUCUGAACAGGCGGGUUCUGGGACCGUACUGUGGCAAUAAUCAACCGGCGGAAGACUUUGUCAGCCAGACCAACUACCUGCAGUUCCACUUGACCACGGACGCGGACAGUGCGGGACGUGGGUUCAAGUUGGAGUAUAUGGCGCUGCCAAACGGAAACGGCCAGUGCGGUGGAGUUCACACGAUUUCGGGGGAGUUUAUACGGAUGUCGAGAGCCGCGAUUACCAAUUAUGAUAGGAAAGAUCCUUGCUACUGGUUGAUACUGGUUCCAAGGAACAGGGCCAUCCGGCUGCACUGGAUUAGCUUCAGUCUGCACUCCUGCCACUUUACUUCUUUGGAGAUUUUCGACAACUGGGAUCUACUAUUGGGCCAUAAGAAGAACAAGCGCCUGUUUGAAUACUGCGAUAUGGACAUGCCAGAAGAUCUUAUAAUCCACACGCGCCAACUAGUCAUCAAGUUUACCGACAACGUUGGAUUCCAUUUACACGAUAUAAGCUUCGAAUUAUCCUACACCUUCGAGGAUCGUGAGCCGUGCGGUGGCCACUUACACGGAUCCAGCGGGAUGAUAAGUUCUCCGGGUUAUCCGAUGAACUAUUCCGACAGCUUGGACUGCGAUUGGCACUUGACAGGACGGGCUGAUUACCAGCUGGAGAUUGAAGUGGACUUCUUUGAUCUCGAGCAGUCACGCAACUGCUCAGAGGAUUACCUGGAGGUGAGAAACGGCGGAGGAACGGAUUCCCCGCUGCUUGGACGGUUUUGUGGCAGUGACAUUCCCACUCGGAUUCCCAGCUUCGGUCAUGAGUUAAGGCUUCUCUUCCACACGAAUUCAGCGAUUAGUAGGCGUGGCUUCCGUCUCCGUUGGCGGGGUUUGGCCUUUCGAUGUGGUGGUAGCCUUCGAUCCAGCACGGGAGUCAUAAUUUCACCGAGAUACCCAAACCAUUUUCCCAAAAAUUCUUACUGCGAGUGGGAUAUAAGUGUUCACCAAGGAUCGGGAAUUUCUCUGCUUAUCGAGGACAUGUUUUUAGCGUUGCUCCAGCCCUGCUCAUUCGGUAGUGUAAAUAUUUACUUUGAAAGUCGAGUACGAAACAAGGAGCCAGAUGUGACGCUCUGUAGUCAGCCUGAGGAGGGGGGUCGACUGAUCCAUCUUGAGUCUAGCAGGGCCACAAUAGUCUUCCAAUCCAUUUUGUACCUCCCUCAGAGGGGCUUCCGUAUAUCCUAUACUACCAACUGCGUGCAAAACCUGACAGCCAUAUUUGGAUCUAUAGAAAGUCUGAACUACUUGGAAGCCCAAUGGGAUACCAUACCAAUAAAUUGUAGCUGGACGAUCCGAGCUCCUAAGGGCAAUCACAUUCGUCUGGAAAUAUCCCAUUUGGAUCUUAUGCCAAGUUCCCUGCCUGUAGGACUCUACAUCAUAACUGGUCAGGAGAGCCACGAAAUUAUGACGCCUGGAACGCUUUACACAAAUGCGGAAGUUGUCACCGUUGUCCACAACGUCAGCAGUUUGUAUUUCCAACUAGACUACCGCAUGGAAGGAUGCUUGGAGGAAUUGCACGGUGAGAGCGGUUCUUUUCAGUCUCCAAGCUACCCGAAAAUGUAUCCAAACAACUUGGAGUGCUACUGGCUUAUCAAAGUUGAUUUGAACAGUGCUAUUGAACUUAAUAUAACCGACUUAGAUCUCGAGGAUAGCGUCAACUGCACCAAGGACGCGCUGACAGUGUCCAAUCAUGAAAGUGAAGUUCAGAUCCCAGAACGACAUUGUGGAUCCACAGCCAGGUUGCUUAUCACCAGUUCUGGGCAUAAAAUGCAUGUGCGUUUUUUUUCAGACGGAUCGCACAAUGGUCGAGGCUUCAUGGCCUCUUAUCAGGCAGUGAAAAGUGCAUGUGGAGGGAAAUUGUCAGCCCGGAACGGAGUAAUUCAGUCUCCCAACUAUCCGUCGCAUUAUCCAAGUGGCAGCCACUGCGAGUGGCAGGUAGAGGUGUCUGCACACCACCGGAUCGUUUUCGAGUUGCAGGACCUUGCUCUAGAAGAUUCAUCUUCCUGCUACGAGGACUACCUUGAGGCAUUUGACCUCGAGAAACACGACACCGAGGGUCAGUUGCUUUUCAAGUUUUGCAAUAACAAUGAUGAAUUCAAUAUACCGAAGAUGUCAGCAACUAAUCUUGCAUUGGUGCGAUUUAUCAGCAAUUUUUGGUACACAAACAAAGGCUUUCGGCUGCACUUCCAUGAGUCUUGUGGACAGACGGUGGUUAUAGACGACACGGACGUAAAGUACAUCCAUUUAGAGCGCCAGGCGCCGCGAAACGAGACCUGUGUGUGGGUGCUCCAGAGCAAGGAGCCCAGCAAGCUCAUCAUCUUUACGCCCACGGACAUAAAGCUGCGCGACGAAGCCAACACAAUGUAUCCCACAGAGGAGGACUGCUUUGCAGUGGGCGUUAAGAUCUACGAGGGAACAGAAGACACUGGAUCACCACGUCUCCAAUACUGCCGAUUACAUCCACCCGCCUUAAUCUCCAAUGGCCCGGCGCUGACUAUCAGUGUACCUCUGAUGCUGGUGGAGGAAUUCGAGGGUUACUACAUGGUCAUGGACACGGCCUGUGGAAGCGUUUAUUCAGCCUUGUCUGGCCGAUUUAGUUCACCUGACUAUCCCGCCUCGUAUCCGCCGAAUAUUGAAUGCAUCUGGGUUCUGCAGACCAAUCAUGGCAACUCCAUCAGUCUCACCUUGGAGGCAAUGGAUAUCGAGGAAUCGGAGGGUUGUAAUCGGGACUAUCUGGAGGUGCGCGAGGGUUCGGACAAGGGAAACCUAAUUGGGACCUACUGUGGCAAGCAGGUGCCUAUGACCAUUCACUCGCUUAGUUCUAUCUGGAUGAAGUUCAGGAGCGAUGACGUCAAUGUGGGCGAUGGAUUUGUGGCUUCCUACAACUACGAUCGCCACAACUAUUUGAAUGGCACUGAUGGCUUUGUGGAAUCGCCGCACUAUCCCAGCAAGUUCGAGGAUUCCCACUCGUACAGCUGGCUUAUUACCGUGGAUGAGGGAUAUGUGAUAAUAAUAACAGUGCUCAACCUUAGGGAUGUGGACCAACAGUAUUUGUUAUUCUACGAUGGUUAUUCGCCUAAUGAUCCUCCUAUCGAGGUCAUAGAUCCGGAAGAGCCUUUCCGAUCUAGCGCGAAUGCAGUCUACUUUACGGCCAGCAGGGGUCCCUUCCGACUAAGUUGGCAGCGGAUGUCCAAAGAUCCACUUCAGAUCACAGAGAACAUGACCUCUUGUCACCACCAGUUGUUCACAAUCGAUGCCAUGGCCGUCAAUCGACGAGACAUGGUGUUGCAAUCACCAGGCUAUCCAAAUGGCUACGGAAACCUAUUGCGCUGUGCUUGGAGUUUGCUUCCCUCAAUGAAAGCAGAACAUGUGGUUCUUCAGCUGAUUGACGUUGAUCUGGAGGUUUAUAGAAGUGCCGACGAGUGUCUAGCAGAUUACGUGCAAAUCUCCAGCAGUAAGGACCUCAAGACAUGGUCAAAAUUAAGUACGCUGUGCAGUAUGCCCAAUGACGGGAAUGCAACAAUUUUUCACGGUAGGCCGUAUCUCCGAGUGGAUUUUAAGACUGAUGCUUCGCAUAAUAAGACGGGAUUCAAAGCUUCAGUGCGUACGGACUGCGGAUCACAUAUUAUUGCCUCCGAAGGACAUGUCAACGUAAAAGAUUUCCUGGUUCAAUAUAACAUUGGAAUCCAAGAGUGCGUGUGGACCUUGGAAGUGCGGCAAGGCAGGAGAAUCAAAAUCGUUUUCCCCGAAUCGCAGUUCCAGAACCAAGUUGCCGGCAGGAUCGAUAAUUUCCUAGUAGUGCGCAAUGGAAACGAUGAAGAUUCUCCCUUCUUGGGCAUUGGAAAAUACAGCGAGGAUAAUAUACAGGGAGAACUGACAACCGAUUCAAAUAGAGCGUAUUUAAAGGUACAUUACGUAGGUACACCGCGCUUCCUGAUGUCCUUCCGAUUCAGAGAAUGGUCUAACGACUGCUCCACCAGAAUCCAUCUCUCCAAAGUCGAGGACGAGGAGUCCAUCAGUUCACCCUUAUACCCACAACCGCCCCACCCCCACAUCGAAUGCGUGUGGAUUGUGACAGCUCCGCUUCAGCACAGAAUAGUGCUGCACUUCCAGGAUAAAUUCGAUCUGGCCGGAGAGUGCCACCGAGAGUUCGUACAAGUGAACGACGGAUGCACAGAGCUAAGACCGGAGAUUGGUAGCUUCUGCGGAAGUCGAAGCCCGGGCACUAUCUACUCCUCCGGAAAUCAGCUCAGGAUUCGCUAUUACACAGAUACUCCGGAGCCGCAUACGGGCUUCAGAGCCAGUCUGAAACUGGCCCGGUGCGGUGGCUCCUUCCACAGCCCCGUGGGGGUUAUAGAAUCCCCGCCGCGCAAUCUGCUACUCAAGCACGACAAGGAGGACGAGGAGCAGAAGGAAUGUGUUUACACCAUCGAACUGGAACAGUACCAACUUAUCGAGCUGAAAAGCGAAUAUAUACAGCUCCCCGCGAUGGAGAACGGUUACUGUCCCCAGGGAGAAAAUCUAGUGAUCGAGGAGAUGGAUGGCGAGAAGCGCAUUACAAAUAGCAUGAUUGUGUGCGGAGACACUCCGCAACAUCUGGUCACUGAGUCCAACAAGGUUGUUGUCCGGUACCGCUUUCUAGAUAGCGUUCCACCGGCGGACCAGGGCUUCAGCUUCCGCUACAACGCAGUGGGCUCCCGCUGUGACGAGACCAUUAGGGCCAUUCAGGGCGUUCUUCAGACCCCCGGCUACCCACAGGGAACCAAUACUUUUACGCACUGCGUAUGGCGACUGGAGGUUCCGAAAGGCCAGAGAGUACGCCUGGAAAUCGUGGACUUUGACUUGCCCAAAAUGAACAGUAAUGUUAUCACAACCGAAAGUCAUUUCGCGAUAGCCAACGAUCACCAAUUCCAGUCCCUCCUGUGGCGCUAUGACAUUGACAGUGAUCGGCCCUCUUCGAUUGAGUCCUGCGACAACACAAUGGCCAUCAAAGUUUCCCUGCCUUCCAAUGGUCAUCGUGGGUUAAAGCUGCGCUUUAAGGCCUUCGGAACCAGUUGGUGCCCCCGGUUUCAUUUCGAGCAAAACGUGGUUAAUGAGAUGGCCUUCGAGGGUUUCAAUCUCACCCAGCCACUUUACUGCAUCUACGACAUCAAGCCACCGUUAAACAGUACCAUUCUGAUUCAGGUGAAGCAGUACGAAAAUAGCCCUUUAAUGAUGGCAAGCUCUACCUUUUGCGAGUCACACUCACCGCUCUCCAUAACCAGUACAUAUGGGUCGCAUCCAUUGAUCAACCACCGGCUCUGUGGCUAUACACCCGGCGGAGUCAUGCCCUCUACACGCGUAUCCUUUCCUAUCCAACUAGUUGUGUCGUUAACCGAACCUGUGAGCCAUCUCGUGCUCAGCUACAGCAUUCAGGCCUGUGGCGGAGUGCACAUCCUCAAAGAGAAUGAGGCUCUGACAAUAACAGAACCAAUGGGAAUGGAUGGGAUCAAGGGAGCUAUCGACUGUUCCUGGGCUGUUUUAUCCGGCGACAAUGCAAUGAUCGGGUCACUGACCUACAAUCUGCCCACUUCGAAUGAAGUCGAGGGAGAACAGUAUUGUCGCGAUCACUAUCUUACGAUUGAUAUGAGUCCAGACAGUAUCCAACCACUGGCAAUCAAUUGUGAAAACGAUACCGUCGAAAUGAUAGUAAAUAAUCUCUUUAUGGAAUACCACUCCGAUAAUUUCUCCCCCAACGCUACCUUCAAUCUAUCCAUAGAUUUCGCAUCGAAAUGGGAGUGUGGUGGUAAGUGGUUCUAUCCGUAUCCGACAGUAGUUUUUCGAGAGCAGUACAAGAACAACAUGGAGUGCAUCUGGGAGGCAACGGCGGAUGAAGGCUUUUACAUCGGGCUAACUUUCCAGGAUCGUUUCUUCAUUGAGGACAGCCCCGGCUGCGACAAGGACUUUCUUCUUGUCCAGCAAUACACUGAAUCGUGGACCGAUAUCCAGAGGAUUUGCGGUCGAAAAGCGCCAGAGAAGAUAAACUCAACCCAGAGGCGUAUGAAGUUAGUUUUUAGCUCCAAUGACGCUGUGGUGGGCGAUGGUUUUGUGGCCAAGUUCGAGAGACAUUGCGGAGGGUUACUCUACGCCGAAGAUUUGGAACAUCAGUUUACAAAUCCAGAAAUUCCUGAAAGCUAUGGAAGACGUGUGAACUGUAGCUGGACGAUAGUGCCACGGUAUCCUUCAAAGCAGCAACAUGUGCUGGUCAGCUUCCCGUCUACACCCACGUGCCCAUCGUACCAACUCACGCUGACCAUGCAGUAUGCCGAGGGCCGUGCAAGGACAUCCGGCGUCUGCGGUUGGACCUCUAGACGUGGAUUUACAGCGCCGCAGGCCAUAAAAGUGGUAUUUCAAAUGGAUAGCUUAGUCCCCGGAGAGCUAUUUCGUUUGAAAUACAGUGUCUUCCAGUGCGGAGGCACGGUUGAUAAAGCGGGCGUAGUCGAAUCCCCCAACAAUACCGGGGUUGAUUGUUACUGGUAUCUUUCGGCUCCCGCCGGCCAUAAGAUCACUAUUAAGUUCGAACUCCUGAACUUCGAAGCCCAUGGCAAUGACAAUUGUUCUGACAACGGCGUUGAGACUUACGCCGGUUCCUUUCCGGAAGUUAAAAUGCGACGAGCUCGUUUUUGCGGGAGCAUAACACACCAUCUGCCGGAAAUCAGUAUUUCCCAAGAUCGGGGUCUGAUACGCUACUACAACCAUAUCAGUAACUAUAUUUUACCAGAUGGGUUCCGAGCAAUAGUGAGCAUGGUGAAAAACUGCGACGAGCAGAUUCAACUAAACGGAUCGUACAGGUACAAUUUUAGCAAGUUUAACAGCGCAGAAGGCUACGCCCCCAAUCUGGACUGCCACAUUGUUUUCCGAGUGAACAUCGAUCAGCAGAUCAAACUGAGGUUCGGUAACUUCAAUGUGGAGAACUCGUCGAACUGUCACAAGGACUAUGUGGAGUUGCGGGACGGCGGCGGACACUUAGCCAAUAUCAUCGGUCGUUUCUGCGGUCAGGAUCAACCGGCUAGCCUUCAUACCUCCCGGCAUAUGCUCUUUCUUCGAUUCGUCACCGAUUCCCAGGGCAACGCCUCUGGCUUCGAUCUAAGUCUAGAUGCUGUUCCCCGGUUUUGCGGCCUCCCAGAAAUCCAGUUGAAGUCUGACGGACUUAAAGAGGUUACCAUGGGCAGUCCGAUGAAGGUGCUCGCUCGGGACUACGGCAUUGGUUGCUUUUGGAAAGUUUUAGGCGAUUCACCACUGGUUGUGCACUUUGUCAACUUCAAUCUUCAAGGUCCCGAUGCCAACGGAAACUGUGUGGCCGAAUACCUGAAGAUCUACAGUAAAGAGGACGCCCAGAUGGUGGAUCAGGAGGUUGACAGUGAGCUGUUCUUCCACAGAGACCAGUCCUCAAUACACGCCACUGACCACGUAUUUUGUGGGACCGUGAAGCCAGGUACUUAUUACGCCGACAAUGGCGAAUUGAACCUGAGGUACUGGUCAAACGGAUUAACUUCCGGUGCCGGGUUCCAGGUGCACAUCUCGUUGUCCUCCAGCUGCGAUCGCCACUACAACGGCCUGCAGGGGAGAGUGGGUCUAUCGGCUACCAACGACUGCAAUAUCAUUAUCCAAGCCCCAGUAAAUCACACACUGAGUCUGUACUUGUACAUGCCUUACCACAGCGAUACUUUGUUCCGCUGUUCAUAUAUUUUGAAGGUUUUCGACAGAAGCAAUCGAUCAUUGGAGCCCACCUGCGGGGUAGGGAGUACAAUAAACACCCUCUUCAGCCAUACGGAUGAGCUGCGCCUACAAUUAAUUGCAAAGUCAAAACAAGAAAAGCUAGACAUCACCUACCUGGCCACUCCUGUGGAAAAGGAACCAGGAUGUGGGGGUCAUUUCUACAACACCGCGGGAACCUUCACCAAUCCCUACUAUCCGGAGGUUGUGCGGAAUAACUCCGACUGUCGGUGGAUCGUUCGUGUGCCCAAUAACAAUAAAGUACUUCUCAAAAUAUCUCACAUCUUGUUGGGCUCGGUGAAAACUUGUCAGACGAACUAUCUCCAGUUCCUGGAACAAGAUGAGACCGGAGUGGAGCGCCAGAUGCGUCGCUUUUGUGGUUCCGAUGGCCCCCAAGACUACAUGAGCCAGCGCAGUCAAGUUGUGGUCCGAUUUUACAAGACACCAGACUUCGAUGGCUUAGGCUGGAGUAUUCAAUUUGCCAGUGUCCAUUCCAACUAUAUACCAUCAAAAUUUAGUAGUUGGGAUACGCAAUACUGGUUAUAAGCAACCCCUUUAAAAAAGGAAUGAAUUUUAAAAUAUUUAAAUAAAUUCAGUUUGGGCCAAUCAAUAUACCUUUUAGGCCUUUAGUAAUACAACUGCUUGAAAAGACCCCGAAUUCCUUUUGAACAUAGUUAAAUAUAUCCCCAAGGGAUGCUAAGAAAUCGUAUAC